AUGUUUCGCGAGCGCGUAAGCGUGAAUGUACGCGAGCGCGUCGUCGGUCUGGAGUCUGGAGUGGCCCAAGGCAUGCAAGCCAAGCCAGCUUACCCGAUCGCGACUCCGCCAAUGUCGAUGACCCGCACGAUUCUGAACCCGUAUCAGUCGGCUCGGGCUCCAAUGCCUAAUGCUGCUCACGUGGGAGAAUGGCAUCGAGAAACUCCUCCGUACGGCCCAUACCAAGAUCCGCAUCACAUGCCGAUGAUCCCUAGGCCUCAACUCAACACUUCCGCCUUCGGCUCCGUGCAGAACUUCAACACAACCGUAGCUCCGCCGCUUCACCAUCUUCCGAUGCUCUACCCUGCCUCGACCGUUCGCCCCGGACAGUGGGCUAUGACCACCCAAGACUGUGACUACCGCGAUCCGGCUUGGCUUAGUGUCCGUGAGAAGCAAACGAUCCAGAUCUUGGAAUCGCCGCCUGGGCAAGCCCGCCCUGACGCCUUCUACGCGCGGCUCGACGGCAGGUUUGGAUACGUGCCGAAGUGCUUCGUCAAGUCGAUGGGAGACAACGCGGAACCGGCCCACACGCCGACGAGCAAGUUUCGUGAGCAACUGAACCCCACGGCCGUGCUCCCCCUACCGCAGCUGCACAUCGGGGAUGAAUUGGAUGACCGGUACUACGGAGCAGGCUUAAAAACCGUUGAUACUGUUCGACCUGGCGACCACGAGCGCUCGAGCACUUUCAACGAGUACGACUGUAACUCGUCGAUUGGGUCGAGCGGGGGAGGGAAAUCGGCUUUGGCCAAGAAAAACGUAGCCGGCAAGACGAUCGUUUACCCGAAGCACCGGAGCAAGAGCCGAGAUCGAGCAACGUCGUCGCCAAGAGCAGCGCCGGUACCUCGGAUGCCUGUCAAUACAUUUGCUACUCCUCCCGUAACCCCGCAGUCUAUUCCGCCGUCAUCGCCAAGUACAGCAGCUGUAUCACCCAACCCCCCAGGACGCCCGCCUCGCUACACCCUCUACAACAUGCCGCCCGACAUCCGCGCCAAGUACGAAACCCUGAAAGCCGCAAAAUUAGCCGAGGGUCACGAUGAGGAAAAAGCAAGCAAAGAAGCGCUGAAACGUGUGAACAACAAUGACUCGUCGUCGAGGAGCAACCUCAAGCAGCACGAGAACACGGUGAAGAUGGCAGAACACGCGAUGGCCCUACUCAGCACGAUGCGUGCAUGCCCGAACUGCUCGAGCAGGGUGCGGCAGAACAAUCUGGAUCAGGAACUGGAGAAACUGGCCAACCUGUUCAUCACCAAGGACCAGAAAAAGACGGAUCGAGCCUCGCGAAGCCGCCAGCGUUCCGGCCCGCCCGGAACCAAUGCGAAUAAUUCGAAGGAAACU